CCUUGCUUUGCUGCCACACAAGUCGGGGUAAAUCUGGCAAAACCCAGGUAUUAGAGCUACAUAGACUUUGUUUGUCCUCAAAGGAGUUCAUUACUAACUCUCCAAGCAUUUAUUUGCGGCACAUUCCCAGCACAUUGGCCCAGCUCCAACUCCCUUGUCACGCCAAGGAUUGCCAUGGAUCCAUCUGGUAUUGAACGACCUGAAGAUUUUAAAGACAUUAAAGAAGCUCUGGAGAACAGUGAUGCAGCCUUAGCUGCUGCAAAGAUACAAGAUUAUCUGCAACAGCAUAAUACAAUUCCAUUAAACAUUGCCAUCACAGGAGAGUCAGGCUCCGGUAAAUCUACCUUUGUCAAUGCCUUCAGAGGCCUCAGCAACAAGGAUGAGGGAGCAGCUCCAACUGGUUAUGUUGAAACCACCAUGGAGGCUGCACCAUACCCCCAUCCAAACUACCCAAAUGUUACUCUGUGGGAUCUCCCUGGUAUUGACAGCAGCAGGUUUCCUGCUGCCGAGUACCUGAAGACGUUUGGAUUUGAUAAGUUUGAUUUUUUCAUCAUCAUCUCAUCUGAUCGCUUCCGAGAAAAUGAUGUGAAGCUUGCUCUGGAGAUCCAGAAGCAGAAGAAGAAUUUCUACUUUGUUCGCACCAAGAUUGACAGCAGUUUACAAGAUGAGGAAAGAAUUCAGAGGGACUUCAGUGCAGAGAAAUCUCUUCAACUCAUCAGGCAGAACUGUGUUGAAGGCCUUCAAAGACAAGGUAUGGCGUCGCCUCAGGUCUUCCUGAUCUCCAGUUUUCAUCUCAAUCUGUAUGAUUUCCAACUCUUGGUGGAGACCAUGGAGAGAGAGCUCCCCAGUCACAGGAGGGAUGCUCUGCUGUUUGCCAUUCCCAAGAUCAACCAGGAGAUCUUCAACAAGAAAAAAAAGGCUUUUGAGGCUGAAAUAAAAUACUCUGCAUUAUGGUCUGCACUGACAGCAUCUGUGCCAGUUCCUGGUCUUUCUGUUGCUGUUGAUUUAGGCAUUUUGGUUACUGUCAUUAACAACUACAAGUCUGGGUUUGGUGUUGAUGAAGAGUCACUGCAGAAACUUGCUGACAGUACAAACAAGCCUUUGAGUGAACUACAAGCUGUCAUGACAUCACCUUUUGCUGCUGCCAAUGUAACCACUGAAGUUAUCAUUAAGUUUUUAGCUGUUACUGGAGCGCAGGCUACAUUACUUGCAGCAGAAGAGGGAUCAAGAUAUAUUCCAAUACUUGGUAUCCCUCUGGCAGCAGGGAUUUCCUUUGCAUCAACCUACAGCAUCCUGAAAACCUGCUUGAACAUGGUUACUGAGGAUGCACAGAAUGUGCUGAUUAAGGCUCUGGGCUUGAACACCUCAGAGUGAUAUGAUACAUGACAACACAUACAGCUGUCAGGUCAUGUUGUCAUGGUCCAGUAAAGUUUAAUGGUGUCUGACAGCUUGUAUACUCAUUCAUUUUGCUGAAGCUGUUUUUGAUGUCAAAUUCCCAAUCUCAUCUAAUUUCAUGAUUUACAAGGUCUUCAUGAUAUUAAUAAUUUUUGGAACACAUAUUUCUGGAUGCUGUUAAAUAUAAUUACAUGUUUGUUUUAUGCAGCCAUUUUUGCU